UAUACUAACCUCAACACUAUCACCCAGCAUUCUACCUGAUCAUCACUGUACAACACACCAUACAGUGAAACAGUGGACAUGCAAAGACACUUCUUGACCACACUAGCUAUACCUACAGUCUGUUCUACAUUAAUGACCUAUGAUUACUGCGCAAGCUUCAGCAUACAGUAUUUAUAGCAUUGGGAGUUGAUCAUUAGGAGGAAUAGUCUUUGCUUGAUGUUAACGCUGCUAGCUAACUACAGUGAGGAUGUUAUCUGAAGUGAUGUGACUAGGGAAUUUGAGAUGGUGUUGACAGAUCACCUGCCUUAGCUCUGACCUGAUGAUACAUGUAGAUGAUUAGAUUGGAAGCGUGCCUCCAUUACCUCGGCAAUAGUCAGCCCCUACGUGCACACUAAACACAACACUUCAAAUCAAGGUUUGGGUUGGAUGCCUCAGAAUCCUAAUCAUCAGUAGAAGGAGAGAGCAUGUAGUCUACAAGACAGUGAUGGUGCAUAGUGUCAUCAGUGGAUAUUUAUCCUAGUAGAGUGAGUCUCACUAGGGUUGUUUCAAUCAACAAGACAAGAUAGCUUGAGAUUCCUCCUGCUGCAGUGAGUUUUCUCAUUGGCUGGAUACAUCUUAAGUGAGGUUUAUACUGUGGUGCGUGUGCCGAGAGCAACCCAACUGUUUCUUAUUAUUCAACUGCUGGGCUUUUAUCACUCUUUGAUAAAACUCCCUUUCGGAAACUCAGAGUGUGACUGCGAACCAUCUCUGUCAUUAUGCAGUCAUGACUUGACUGGUCAUCGAGAAAAGAGCUGUGACCUAAUUUGCGCAUACAUAUCUCAACAUGCCCGCUGUUGUACAAACAUAAUUAUAGCCAAGGGGGGCGAGUUGUCAAGCUGGGUUGAUGGGCCAUCCUAGUCAAGUGAAUGCAAAGACUGCAAACCCACUUGUCGAGCCUGGAACAUUUGUUUCUUCUACUCCUACUGACAUUUCAUUGAGAGAGUAAGACAUUGAGAGAGUAAGAUAUAAAAAUGGCCAGCUUCAUGAGCAAGAGCAAACUACUGCUUGCAUGCUUAUGUUUUAUUGUACAACUAACUCUUACAACAGCUCUGUAUUAUGAGGGUACUAGAGACACAUAUACACAAUAUGAAAGAUGGAAUACAUCAGUUAAUGGAACCCUGAGGUUCCAGUUUAAGUCAAGACAAUCCAAUGUCUUAUUAGCUUAUGCUGAUGACAAGAAACAAGUGGACUUUAUGGAAAUUGCGAUGGAUGAUGGCCGACUUCAACUUCAGAUGCGCAUCAACAAUAAAGGCAGGACAAUUACCGUUGGUGAGAACCUCGAUGAUGGGGAUUGGCACACAGUAGAAGUCAUACGAAAUAACCCACGAAAAUUUACAUUCAAAGUGGAUGGUGAUGAACGGUCAGGAACAAUGGAUGGAGAGAUCAUUGAACUACCGACACAGACAGACUUCUUCUUUGGUGGCAUCCCAAUGCAGUUACGUCAGUCACAUUUAUCCCAUCCAGAGGUCCAGUCUAGAACCCAUCUCAAGGGUCAUCUGCGUAAUAUUGCCUACCUGGUGCAAGCUCGUCCUAACAGAUGGAGGCGACCUGAGCAACUAGCCUCCAAUAAUGUCAGAGAAGACUUUUCUGAUCUAUGCAGUUCAAAUGAUCCUUGUUUGAACAGUGGUCUGUGUGUAAGUGAAGAUAGGACCUCAAGAUGUGAGUGUGAUGGUACAGGCUUCAUUGGGGAUAUCUGUGAGGAAGAAUAUACGCCUGCACCACAAUCACAAUCUGAUGAAGUUCCAGAAGACAGAGAAAAGGUGGCGAUUACUGCAACCUUUGAUGGAUCCAGCUAUCUAAGUUACAUUCUUAAAGCAGAGAAGAUCAACUCUGACCAGGAUGAUAUCGUCUUUGACUUCCGUACACAGCAUCCUAAUGGACUCCUGCUAUAUGUGGGUGAAGAAUUAGACUACAUCUAUGCAGCCUUGGUGAAUGGGCUGCUAGAGGUGGCGGUCAACUUAGGGUCUGGGGAGUACUGGAAAAGCAUCCAACCAAGACGUGAAAUGGAUUUCUUCACUGAUAAUAACUGGCAUAAAGUUAGAAUCUCAAGAACAAGGGCAGAUGUCAAAGUUCGAGUCGAUGGAAGUCUUUUAGCGGCGGGCUCCACAAGGGGUAAUUUUGGACGACUGACUGUUUCAGAGGAGUUUUAUGUUGGCGGGAGUCAGAACCCUAACACAUUAAAGGGUUCCAGGGUGGCUGAAAACUUCAGAGGAAAUCUAAGAGAUGUGAGUUACUAUGGCAACCAGGAAAUUGAGAUUCUAAAGAAGGCCCACAGCGGGGACCCCCUGAUCUACAUACAGGGUGAGGUGAGCUUUGUAGAGGACACUGUGGAGGGCAUUGACCCCAUCACAUUCCUAACAGAAGAAUCGUUGCUUAGACUACCAAGAUGGAAUGCAGAGUCUAAGGGAUCUUUAUCAUUUGAUUUCCGCUCCAAUGAACCCAACGCAGUCAUCAUGUACAGCAGUGGCUCCGAAGAGAUUUCGGAUUUCCUUGCGUUUGAGUUACUUGAUGGUUACCUGUACAUCAUACUAGAUUUGGGUUCAGGUCCAGCAAGAGAGAAGGCAUACACUUUUCCUCUGAAUGACGGAGAUUGGCAUCAUGUGGUGUUUGAAAGAGAUCUUACUGUUGGAAUCAUUUAUGUGGGAUCCUCAGCAUCAUCAAGCUCUUCAGCAUCCCAUAAGUUUGAAGUUCCUGGACAUAGCAGUAAACUCAAUUUAGAGAUGGAUCUUAUAGUAGGUGGGAUAGAGGAAUCCCAAUCUUUACCUCUAGAGCUAUUCUCAGGUACCCUACGGCAUGGUUACGUUGGUUGCAUCCGUAAUAUGGCAAUGAAUGGUGAAACAUUGGAUCUACCUGAGUAUGUGGAGGAACAAUCACAAGAUGGUAAUAUCGUCAGGUUUUGUAGAGAAGAAGAGCCAUUAUGUACAAGUGAUCCAUGCCAGCACGGUGGCAAUUGCAAAGAGGGAUGGAACCGUUUCAUUUGUGACUGUCGUAAAACUGGAUACACAGGAGAAACUUGUAAAGAUGAGGUGGCUCGUCUUGCUUUUAAUGGCAACCAAUCUAUGCGCAUAACCCUUAAGGAUAUCACUCGCAGCAAGGUGGAAAACAUAUUCAUGCGUUUCCGUACUAGUCAUCCCGAUGGCAUGAUUAUAGCUACAACCUCCGACACUAUUGUUGAUAUACUACUGGCAGAGUUGUCUCAUGGAGAAGUCAGGGUGACGGCCAACUUUGGUACAGGUGGUGCAACGACUAUAACAGCUGGCACCAAUCUAGAUGACAACCAAUGGCAUUCUUUCAAUCUUGAACGGCAUGAUAGAACAUUGCGUCUAACUGUGGAUAACUCGGACAAAGCUGAAGCUUAUAAUGUGUCCAUUGGAGCUGGAGCUGACUUUGAAAGCGGUACGCUAGACUUCCGCUAUAUCGACAUAGGAAGUUUGAUGAGUCGGCGACAUCUUGUAGGCACCAAAGCCCCACCACCCAAUUUCCAAGGCCAUAUGGAGCAGUUAAUUUACAACAAUCACCACUAUUUUGACCUUGCCCGUGAAGAAUCCCCUGACUUUAUUGAUAAUUCAGCCACCUUUGGUGAGCAGAUGAGUAGACGCCCCAUUCAUGAUCCCUUCACUUUCCACACCACGGAGGUUCAUGUUCAGCUGCCUCAGAUAAAGACCUAUCCAAGUCUCUCUCUCUUCUUUCAGUUCAAAACAACCGAACCUAAUGGACUAUUAUUCUUCACUGAAGGAGAGCUUGACUUUAUGGCAAUAGAGCUGGUGGAUGGAUUCAUCUACUAUGUUUUCAAUCUUGGUGGAGGUGCUAAGAUGCUUCGUGGAAAUACCCGUGAACGUCUUAACGAUAACCGAUGGCAUGAAGUUGGAAUAUCCCAUGAUAGUCGAGAUCGACAGGUUCUGAAAGUGGAUGCUCGGUCAGUUAGGUCUCGGGCUACUGAGGAAGCCAAUCAUUUUGACUUUUCAGAGAAUUUGUUUAUUGGAGGCAAAGAAACUUUUGAGUUCCUCCCAGAAAAAAUUCAAUCAAGUCAAGGAUAUCAAGGGUGUCUCUCAUCUCUUGAGAUUAAUGGUCGUCAUGAGGAUCUGUUGGAAAUGGCUGUUAGUAUGGAACUAAAGGAAGAACUUACAAGGGGAUGUGAAGAUAAGCGAGAGUUAUGUAUUGAUAACUUGUGUAACUUUGGAGGCAUCUGUAUACCUGGGUUUGAUACAUACACAUGUGACUGUAGUAUGACAAGCUUCACUGGCCAGUACUGUAGUAAUGUGAGUGUAGGCUACCAGUUUGGUGAGACUGGUGGACUCAUCUCUCUUCAACUACCUAAGGAUCAAUGGUUAAGAUCGGACCGAGACAGCUUGAGUUUUGGUUUUGUUUCUGAAGCUGAGGAUGCCGUUAUCAGUCAUGUCGGUAGUGCAACGUCAAAUGACUACAUUGAAAUGAAAUUGAUUGCUGGUCAUCUAUUUGUCACCUACAACUUUGGAGGAAAUGAUCAUGUAAUUGGAGAGAAAACCUAUGGAGUAAAUGAUGGUCGAUAUCACAUUGUACAGUUCACCAGACGAGGAGCAAACUCUACUCUCCAGGUGGACUCAUUUCCAAAAGUAGAACUCUUUCCCAGUUUUGGAAGAAGGAAACAAGCUCGUUACUUUGAUGACCAAUCAGUUGUCAACAUCGGAGGACGGAGCCCUAUUCCAAGUCGGCGUAAGCGUCGAGUCAUCACCCAUCCUUUUGCUGGCAUUAUCUCUGGCUUGGCCUACAAUGAUCUACGAAUCAUGGACAUGGCGGCAUCUGGUGAUUCAAGAAUCCACUUUGAGGGUGAUGUUUCACUGGUAUCUUCUAAUACCAUUUGGGACUUUGUAACAGAGCCCUUUCCUACCAUAGCACUUACUACUGCUAAUGUGACUCAGGAACCAGACCAGCCUGAAAUUCCUGAACCUGAACCUUCACCACAUGUUGGUGGAAAUAAAACAAUGACUAGACCAACAAAGAUGAUAAUGUCUACAGCUACUACUGAUGGAGAGAUAGACUUUGGUACUGAUGCAGAAAACAUCUUUGUAACUCAAUCUGGAUGUGGUACUGUUGAUGAUGAAGAUUGCCAACAUGGUGGAGCUUCAGUCACUUCUAAAGGUGAUGAAGCAAUAUUUACACCUGUUGAUGAGCAAGAUUCAACAACAGCACCGAGUAUAACAACCCCUGCUUCUACUACAAUCAUUACUGGUGAACUCUUUACUACUACUCCUCCCAAGCCUGAUGCCACUUCUAUGCCUGAGUUUUCAGGUACAUUGUGUGAUGGAGUGGAUGACCCAGGCUGUGUAAAUGGAGAUACAACUCAAAGCACCGCAACAGAUUUCAACUUCACUGCAAUCAAGAGUACACCAAACCCUCCAGCCCCUACACCAAAAAUCACAAAGAUGAUGUCAUCAUCACCACCCAAGGUUACAAUUUUUGCACCCCCACCAGAGCAGAAGCAAGGUAAAGGUUUAGGUUUCCUGGGCCAGACAUGGCUAGUCAUUGGGCUUGUUGCUUCUGGUGCUCUUAUUUUCCUCCUCCUUGUCAUUAUUUUAUACAAAUUUAGAAAUAGAAAUGAGGGUUCUUAUCAUAUAAACGAGAGUCGUAACUACAGUGUCAGUGAUGCUACACGUACUGCAUUACUUCCAACCCAGCAACAGCCAAACACGAAUGGCACGGUGCCCACAAAACCAAUUAAACCUAAACUGCCACCAGAGUAUGCAACCAAAGAAUGGUAUGUCUGAUUUCUUACUUAGCUGCUAAUUAAUAUUGUUGAUUUAAAGACUUUUUGAUUUACCACUGUAUGUUAAGUUUUGUUGAAAGAGACACCUGUUAACUAAAGAAAUUGUCAAUUUAGUUGAAUGUUAACACUUAUAAAUCUAAGGCAACAUCUUUCUAAUCAGUAGGUUAAAAAAUUAAAUUGAAAAAGUUGUGUCUGUGUUACACAGCAUUCUACAAUAACUCACAGAUACAAUUUUAAGUGUCAAAUGUGGCACAAUAUCAGAAAAGGUAAGAUAUUUUUCCUAUUUUAAUCUGAUUUCUGAUGCUUUUGUUUUGGAUAAUGGAGCUGUAUGAUUUGGUUUAAAUUUGUGUGUUUUUUACCAGAGAGAUACAAGAGUAUCAUCUAAUACCGAAAUACCUUGUUAUGUACAUUGCUUAUCACAUGGUUCCUCUUUUCUGAGCAAAUAAUUUGUUUUAUUAAAACAAGUUGACAAAAUAGUUUGACUUAAUGCUGUCUUCUUUGUUAGCUAUUUUGCCAGUUUUCGGCAAGUGUUUCUGUUCCUCUUUUGUUCUAUAAAUUGUUUAUUUAUAUUCUUAUCAUUGGACACUUUAGGUAUAAAAUCAUUCGCUAAAAGUAUAAGUCUACAGUCAUCCUUUUAAAACAAUAUUCUUCCCUUGCCCGUGUUUAAACUAUUCUGAUUUACCUAAGGAGGAGUGUAGUUUUAGACAUUGUGAAAAAAUAUGUUGGUUAAUAGUUAAACAAUAAUAUUAAGUAUAAAUAUGUAGAGUUGACAUGUUAUUUGCCGGUUCAGUGUGAAUUAAGUUUUAUUUAUUAUACUUCAAAGUGAUGUUGAGUGUAUUUUGUAGAAAACAAAAAGACUUUCAAAAAUAAUUAUACAAAAUAAUGUAUAUAUGACAGUUGGAGGAAGUUCAAAUAUUGUAAGGAUGCUUAAUAUUUCAGCUGAAUAAAUGUCAGGUUACAACAUAGAUAUUUUAUAAUGAAAAAGCUAUACGAUUGGUUGAGUAAUGUUAAGACAGAGAUCAGCUGGUUGAGUAAUAUAAAGACAGAGAUCAGCAUAAGUGAAGUUAUGUAAACGGUUCAUAUUUCAGCAUUGAUUAGACGUCAGGUUUCUUCAAUUCUUGGCUGGUGUUUACUUAACUUAAAUCAAUAUUAUAAUAAUAUAGUUGUAUUUUAAUACAAAUUUAAAAACUGGGAAAACAAUACUACUGUAUGACUUAGUGUGCGUUCCAAAAAAUCUAAAGAAUAUUUCGAACCCACCCCUCGAAAUAAAAACCCACAGUUGCUCAAGCCAAUCCAGGAACAGUGCUGUUUUAUGAAAAUCAUUGUUCACAAUAUUGACGAAUAGACGUUCACCAUUACGAACCCUCCAGGUGCACACAGCACGCGCGCUCUUACAGGUAGUGUUUCCUUAAAGGAACACGUUGCUUUGGAUCGGACGAGUUGGUCUAUAAAAUGUAUAUGAUUGGAAAGACGUUUUAA